CGCCGCGCUUUCUUGGUGGCGAUGGGCAGGUGCUAAAAAAUGCGCCGGGAGAUAUUCGGCAAAGUGGGAAUUUGUAUGGGGGAGCUGUAAUUUCUAUGCCUCUGGACCGUAACAAGUCCCCUUUGACAUCAUCAAGUUUUUUUUAAGACGUACCACCAUGGCGCACUUGAGAAUCACCCAGGCUGCCUUGCGCAGCACAAUUGCAAAAGGGUCAGCUCGCUCGUGCCAGUGUUGCUUCUCCAGCAAUGCCUUGCAGCCAAAGACCGCACGUCCCGCGAUGGCCACUUCAUCGAAUCAGAUCCGACAGCCCAUGAUGCAAAAGCGAACGAAAUAUAAGACUGUCGAACAAGCGAAGAGCCGUCAAAGCACUGGACCGUUCUCAUGGAAAGCCGGUCUCCUCUUCGUAGCGACUUGCGGUGGUUUGGUUUGGUAUUUCGAGCAUGAAAAGGAGCGCAUGCAACGACAGAGAAUUGCAGAAGCCACUAAGGGUGUUGGACGACCCAAGGUUGGUGGCGAGUUUGAGCUGGUCGACCAGAACGGCAACAAGUUUACCAGCGAGAUGAUGAAGGGCAAAUAUUCUCUGGUCUACUUCGGAUUCACGAGAUGCCCUGACAUUUGCCCUGAGGAACUCGACAAGAUGGCACGCCUUGUCGACAUUGUCGAAGCGAAGACACCCAACAACCUGAUCUCGCUAUUUAUCACUUGCGACCCCGAACGCGAUGACCCCGAGGCCAUGAAGGGAUACUUGGCUGAAUUCCACCCCAGCUUCAUUGGUUUAACUGGCACAUAUGACCAGAUUAAGGACCUUUGCAAGAAGUACCGCGUCUACUUCAGCACACCUCAGAAUGUCAAGCCUGGCCAGGAUUACCUUGUCGACCAUAGCAUUUACUUCUACCUCAUGGAUCCUGAAGGAGAUUUUGUAGAAGCCCUAGGUCGCCAGCAUUCUCCUGAAGAGGGUGCCAAGCUCAUUUUGGACCACAUGAAGGACUGGAAGAGGUAGCUUACUACCUGUAAACUUGUAUAAUAGUGUAUGAAGGAGACUGUAGAAAAUUAAUCUAGAACGACCACUCUUUUCUUUUCCAUUUUCUC